ACCCAAAGUCGAAGUUAGGCGCUUGCAGUACGACCCUAACCCUAAAGUCGGGGACUGGAAAAAGACGUGCUCGCCCAGCUGUUGCCCCUCGUUAUCGGGCGAAGAACGCCUGGGCGGCGUUGCCGGGUUGUGCCCUGGCGCACUUUCCGCAAGUUUAUCGAACAGCUGGUAGGAUUACGUAAUUUGCGAUAAUAUCCAACAAAUGUGCUUUGUUGCCCCGAUUAGGGAAAAAAAUCAGUGAUAAGUGGUACAGGGACUUGGAAAUAGGCACCAAGUGGGGGCGCUGAUGUGGCAAUGCCAUCUAGGUAUAUUGUAUCAGAAUGGCACAAACUACGUAAAUUUGUAUUACAAGAAAACAAAAUAACUUGUUUUUAGAUGUUCACACCUUUAAUAAAUUUUUUUGGUAAAGUUGUCUUUUUCGCCUAUUUUUUCUGUGAUGUCCGAAAAGGGGUGAUCAGGUAAUAAUCCGUUUUGACCUGAUAAGAUGCGGUGCCGAAUUUCUAGGACUCGAACACGUAAAGAGAGGGUGCCCGGUAUUUGGGGAUUCAAUAGUGCCCAAUUUAUGCACGCCUGUUAUCAUAACUCGCCUGUUUUGGUGAUAAUAUUGUCCGAUUUUGGGAAAUAGAAAAUAAAGAUGCAAUAAAUGAUAAUUUACUGGACACCCUUCACAGAAUUCUUGUGAAAAACAUUUCAACAAAACACAUGGGAGAUUCCCAGAUGGGCGGUUUAUGGUUUACGGUCCUUUUAAGCAAACGCCGCCUGAUGCGCAAAAUAGCUUUAAACCGUUUGUUGUUGGUGGAGAAAAGGAGAGCUAGGGAUCAUAAACUAAAUGAGGGAGAUACGUCCAAAGACUGACUACGAUGUUAAAAUCGUCUGCCGAAAAUAAAAUACUGAAGUUACUACCGAACGAUAAACCCAUCACAGCAAUCCAAGUCAUUGAAAACCUUGACAAAUGCCCCAAAGGGUUUCACCCAAUCAGUAGGACCUACGACCAAGACCAGGAUGCUGAUCUGAGGGAAAGCUCAAUUUUUAAAAGUAGUGCGGCUAGAUAUUUGUGUGUUUCGAAAUCUGAAGGUCUCCCCAAUUUUGUGAUUCAGGAGCUUUUUGUACUGACUGAGAAGUUUAAUCCUCCGAGAGGUUUUAGUUUGUUGAAUAGGACUGCCGAUAGUGAACAGAAGGCUUGGAAGAAAAAACAGUUGUGUUAUAAAUUAGUGAAUCUAAGGGAUACGAAAGUUGCAGUUACUGAUAUUAUCGUCUGUAGUCGGCUGAAGAAAGCUCCUGAGGGGUUUAAACUUGCUGGGGAAUUGAACGGUGUGACGGUUUGCUUCAAAAUGGGCAACGUGCAAGACACCCAAAACAGCCCCGAUUCCAACGGUCGCAACAUCACUCCCCCUGUCCGCCCAGCGCCCCCAUAUCCCGGUAACGGACCCAUUUACCCAUCGAUUGGUGCCGAUGGCGGCGACCACGACUACGAAAUUCUAAAACCUCCAGGUUAUCCCUCGGGACCAUCACGACCCGCUCCCAGACCACCAGCUCCAAACCCUCGUCAAAACUCAACCACAGGGACGUUGGGUGCAAGUGGAGGGAAUAAUCUAGAUGGUGUACCGUUUAUUGUCAACCCGAAAUUUUUGAAUGCAAGCACUGCCGAUAGGUUUCAGUUUCCCACAAUUAGGGCCAAGACAAUGCAACAAAUUUUGAAGGAGUAUGAUUAUGCUUUUACCGUGGAACGGCAAACUUAAAAAUGUUAUUUUUUUAAUAAACGGAACUGAGAUCUUUUAGGAAUGUUUUAAUGCCUCUAUCUAGUUAUAUUUUAGAGACUCUAUCAUCAUUUGUGUUACACUGUAUUAUUUUUUAGCAAUCAAGUGUGUCAUUAUUGUAGUCACGGUAGGCUCAAGUGAUUCAAGUUAAGUCAUGUAAGAAAUUUAACGAAGAGUUGUAUAGUUUGUAAACUUAAGUGCCCACUAGAUUGUAUCAACACAUAUUAUGAUUAUAACAAUUAUUAUUUAGUGCCAAUGUUUUAUAUUUAAUACAGUAUUUAUGUACAGUA